AGACAGUUCUGCUUGUGUGCCCAUUUGCACAACGUUCAAAAUGUCAGGUGUGGCAACUUUGCUAGCCAGAGAAAAGGAUUUGGCUGUGGGAAUUGGCACGUUUGACCAACCCGCAAAGUAUCUGAAUCAAGACUAUAAUCUGCUAAAGAAAAAGUGCCUUCAGGCAGGAAAACUCUUUAUAGAUAAUACAUUUCCUGGUGUGCCAAGCGCUCUCGGAUUUAAUGAAUUGGGUCCUGGUUCACCCAGAUCCAAGGGUGUGGUUUGGAAAAGGCCAGGGGAGAUAUGUGCCAAUCCCCAGUUUACUAUCGGAGGUAUGAGCAGCACAGAUGCCUGCCAAGGAGCCCUGCCUGACUGCUGGCUGCUGGCUGCCAUAGCAGCAUUGACCACUAAUAAGAAUGCCAUACUACAUGUUAUUCCCGAUGGACAAAGCUUUCAGGUCAACUAUGCAGGGAUAUUUCACUUCCAGUUCUGGCAGUUUGGACAGUGGGUCGACGUGGUCAUUGACGAUCAACUGCCCACAGUGAAUGGACAGCUGCUGUUUGAUCAUUCACCUGGCCAAAAUGAAUUCUGGAGCGUCCUGCUUGAGAAGGCUUAUGCUAAGUUGAACGGCUGCUAUGAGUGUCUGGCUGGAGGCUCUCUUACUGAAGCCUUUGAGGAUUUCACUGGUGGCAUCUCAGAGAAUUAUAAUCUGAAUAAGGCACCUGAAAAUCUUUUUCAGAUUAUUUGCAAAGCUCUUAAUGCUGGCUCUCUUCUUGGAUCCUAUCUUGAUUUCUCUGGCCCAGAUGACAAAGAAGAAAGAACUCCUCAAAAUCUGAUCAAGAGGCAUGGAUAUUCCAUCCUUGAUGCGAAGGAAAUAAACUAUAAGAAUGGCAAAGAACAACUACUCCGCAUCAGAAACCCCUGGGGCCAAGUGGAGUGGAAUGGAGCCUGGAGUGACAAUGCCCCUGAAUGGAAUGACGUCUCCCCAGAUGUACAGUCAAGACUGGACUACAAGGCAGAAGAUGGAGAAUUUUGGAUGUCAUUUUCAGAUUAUAUGAAAAACUAUGUACGUUUGGAGAUCUGCAAUCUUUCACCUGACACCCAAGGCAGUGGUACUGUCCAUCAGUGGACCACAUCUCAGUUUGAAGGUGUCUGGAGGAUAGGCUCCACUGCAGGAGGUUGCAUAGACCAUAAAGCCACAUUCCGCAUGAAUCCCCAAUUUUAUUUCAAGCUGCUAGAAGAAGAUGAUGACAGAAAUGUGAGAGGUUGCAGCUUUGUAGUCGGUCUGAUGCAGAAAAAUGCCAGAAGAAACAGAAUUAUUGACCAGGAUUUGAAUAUAAUUGGCUUUGCAAUUUUUCAGGUUCCUGACAAGUACAAAGGCCUUACAAAUAUUCGCUUAGGAAAUGAUGUCCUCCUAAAACAAGACCCCAUUGCCAUCAGCAGUACAUUCAUCGAUGACCGAGAGGAGUGUGACCGGUUUACUCUCCCUCCAGGAGAUUAUGUCAUCAUACCAUCUACACAAGAGCCACACAAGAAUGGCAACUUCAUUCUGCGAUUCUUUUUUGAGAAGAAGGCUGUUGCAAGUCGUAUGGAACUUCCCACCAAUGCUGAAAUAUAUGAGCCUAAAAUUACAGCAAGUGUGGUUGAUUCCCAUUCCAGACAGCUAGGAGCGAGCAAAGACUCUCCAAUAUCUGCAUUCAAACUCCUUCAGCUUUUGAACAAACAGAUUGCACAACGAAAUGACAUCAAGUGUAGUGGCUUCAAGAUAGACAUUUGUCGAAAUAUGAUCAGUCUUCUGGAUAAAAAUGGAAAAGGAACAAUUGGACUUACAGAAUUUGCUGUCCUUUGGGAGAAGAUACAGAAAUACUUGGACAUUUUCAAAAAGUAUGACACUGAUAAAAAUGGCACCAUACCUUCCUAUCUGUUGAGAGAUGCGCUUCAUGAAGCAGGUUUCCAGAUGAGAGGUGAUGUACUUCAUGCUGUUGUCCUAAAUUUUGCUGAAGAAAGCUUAACUCUUAAUGCUGACCGUUUUGUGGGAUGUCUUUUCCGCCUGGAGCUGCUUUUCAAGAUCUUUAAAACUAUUGAUAAAGACAAAAGUGGAACAGUUCAACUGUCUUUGGGGCAGUGGCUUCUUCUUGGAGUAUUUUAGUGAAGAGUCCAGGACCUGGGAUGAGUAAAAACACAGGACACCACCCUACUGUCCUUCCAUCUUAAAAAUAUGCAGUACUGAUAUUAGUUUUAACUUUAGUCUCUUUUGGGGUUUAAGGUCUGAAUCAUAAAGUUUUAAUCAUAAAAAUCCUAAUACAAGAAUGAAUUCUACCUGCAAAAAUGCUAAACAGACCUUACAAAGGUAGGCUUUCGAAAAUGGUGGGUAACAGGAAUAGGCCAGCUUAAUUUUCAAGGAGUGCGGUCUGCUUUAGAACACUAUGGAUGUUGAAGUAUAUUUGCCUGGUACAGUUGUCAUUUUUGCCAAUUACUUUUUUUUGGGUUUUUUUUUUGUGCAAGUAAUCUGCAUUUUUGUAAGUUAAAAGUUUAGUGAAGGAAGGAACAGCAAAACCAAAAAUAAUACAUGUCACAGAAGGAUGAGUAGGUGGCAUAGAUGUCUACUUCUCAUAAACAUUAAGGAGGCAAAAAAGUAUAGGCUACAUCAUUAUGAAUAAGCCUACAACAAGAACAAUAAUAAUAACAUUUAAGUUGGCUUAGCAUAUGAAACACAGACAUGACAAAAUAAAUUCAAACUAUCAACAUAGAAACAGGACUGCAACUCUAAACUUUAAACGCAUCAUGAAAGGCUUCAAUUCAAAGUAUUAGCAUCUCUCAAAUGGGCUUACAUUACAGUUUCUCAAAUAUGUCUCUGUGCUUUGCUACCACCUGUAACUUGACUAAGUACACCAACGUUAUGAUUAGGAUGCAGCUGCUUCUGUGUCUCGCAGGUAGCAGUAAUAACCACUGAGCCACUUCUUAAUGUAAUAAUGCCCAGCCUUGGUCAACAACAGUGGUGAAUCACAGAGUGAACACAGCAGUCACCUGCAUGCCCAGCAGUUGACACAUGGACUCCACAUUGGCAUGUUACCAUAUGCAGUGUUUGCGGGCAGACAAGUU